AUGAGUAACAAAUCCACCGGAACAAUGGUGGUUACUACCACUCAACAACCACAACAAGAAGUAGUUGAAACGCCCAAGAAGCCCUUCAUCCCUUUCUUCCCCAAUUUCAAUUUCAACUUCAAACUACCUCCUUUUUUCUUCCCACCAAAACGCCAUCACGAGCAUCGUCAUCAUCAGGUUGAGGAAGAAGGAAAGGCUCCGAAUGUUGUAACGUUUCCGAAAACCGAACAGUCUGCCGUUGUUGUUCCUGCGCCUCUUCAGGCUCAACCUGAUUCUCAGGGCCUUUCUGCUAAGACUUCUGAUCCCUUUAAGCUUUAUCAGAUUUAUGCAGUAGGAGCAUUCCUUGUUUCGAGUUGGAUUUGGGCAAGGUGGAAUGAGAGGAAGGCUCGAGGGAGGUCUCCGAAUGACGAAGACGAUGGUACUGGAUCACAGGAGAAUGAAUAG